CUUCCCUUUGCCCAAAAAAAGAAAGGAAAACUCAGCUCAAUCAAAUAUCAAAUGCCGCCUCCCAAAGCCAAACCUUUGAGCUCGCUCUUUCGUUCAGCCAUCAAAUCAACCGCUAAAUCUACAACUAAGCCGUCUUUUCUAGCUAUAUCUACAAGUAAGCCCUCUAUUCUAACUUCACCGUCCGCCACCACCACCGAGGACCGCCUCUCGAAGUUAUUCGGCUCCUCUCUUGAUUCUAAAGCUGCAUUGCCCUCCACUUCCGUCACUAACUUCUCACACUGCUCUCCAAAACUCAAUUCUACAGAACCCGCAGAUGAUCUACCAAAGCUGCAUACAGAGGAGAUAUUUUCCAUACUGCGUGUUGAUACUACGGCUAGUUUGCUCAAGUCAGGAGGGACUAAUAAUGCUAAUCCCUUAGAAACUGUAUUAGAGAUACCAUGGAUUACUACCAUGUCUAACAACAACCUUUCACAACUUCGAAAAGAAGUCUUGCGUGACAGGAAACAAAAAUGGAUUUUCAAAAAUACUCAGACUCAUCGUUUUGAAAAGUUAGUGAACCUGUGUGCAAAUAAACUGGGGACUGAUGCUACUCUUAAUGUAUUUGGUAGAUUGGGGCGAGAAACUGGUGUGAAAGAGUACAAUUCGUUAAUAAAGAUCUGCAUUGAGCAGGCUAAGGAUUGUGAUUCUGAAGAUGUUGCACUAGAACAAAUUUGCAAGGCUUUCCAACUUUUCAAUUUUAUGAAGGAGCAGGGUUUUCAGCUAGAAGAGGAAACUUAUGGUCCACUUCUUAUGUAUUUAAUUGACAUGGGUAUGAUAGAAGAGUUUCAUUUUUUCCGUAAAGCUAUUGAAAGUGGAAAUUCUCGUUCGGAUCCAAGACUAGGUUACUAUGAGAUGUUGUUGUGGAUCAGAGUCAAUGAUGAAGAGAAGAUUCAGGAACUGUGUAACUGCACUGCAAUUGAUUUUGAGGGAGACUAUUUCAACUUGUUAGAGAAUUACUUGUUAGCACUUUGUGAAAGCAAACGGAAUAGUGAAUUUUUGCAACUUUUGGAGACUGUGGACAUAACAAAGGUUUCCUCGGUGGACCAUGUGAUGAGUAUUUUUAAAUUCUUGGGGAGGCUAGUGUUGGAGUCCGUUGCAGAGAAGUGUCUCUUGGCAUUAAAAAUAUCUGAUUAUGGAGCAGAGAAUGUCUCAAACGUCAUCUUUAGCUACACCUCUAGCAUUCCAAAUAUAGAGGUUGAGGAUAUUAUUUCAAAGUUUAGAGACUUGCAUGCCAAGCUGCAGAUCAAACCUUCUCUUGCAUCAUAUGAGAAGCUCAUUGCUUAUACUUGUGAUUUAAACAAGGUGCAUGUGGCUCUUGAUAUAGUUGACGAAAUGUUUGAAGCUGGAUUGACAUCAUCCACAAGCACACUAAACUCUAUUUUGAUUACUUGUGAGGACAACUAUGAGUUUACUUUGGUUCAACGAGUCUAUUCGAUGAUCUGCAACCAUAACUUGAAGCCAAAUAGUGAGACCUUCAGGAGCAUGAUAAGUUUAAGUGUGAAAAUGAAGGAUUUUGAUGGUGCAUAUGCAAUGCUCGGUGAUGUAGAGAAAAUGAAUUUGAUGCCAAAUGCAAACAUGUACAAUGCUAUAAUGGCUGGGUAUUUUCGACAGAAAGACAUGGCUGGUGCGUUAAAGGUGCUUAAACAAAUGGAAAAGGCAGAUGUGAAACCAAAUUCUCAAACUUUCAGCUACCUGAUACAAAAUUGUAGCAAUGAAAAAGAUAUUGUCAAGUAUUAUGAAGAAAUGACGUGCUCCGGAGUUCAAGUUACAAGGCAAGUCUUCAUGGCACUUAUUAAUGCAUAUGCAUCUUGUGGAGAGUUUGAGAAGGCAAAACAGGUGAUCUUAGACAAAGGUAUUUCAGUUAAAAGCCUAAUUGAAAUCAAAGGAUCACUUGUCGCAGCUCUUGCAUCGAAUGGACAAAUGUCUGACGCCCUCGUUAUAUAUGAAGAAAUCAAGGAAGCUGGAUGGAGAUUGGAGCCUAAAGCUGCCAUAGCUCUUAUUGAGCACCUCCAUUCUGAAGAAGAGUUGAGUAGAUUGAUUCAGCUAUUGGAGGAAUUGGAUGAUUUGGACUAUUGGACGGAUGGUUGCUGUAGACUGAUCUUGCACUCCGUUCGAUUGAAGCGCUUAAGCUCUGCGAUUCCUUUGCUUAAGCAACUCAAGGAUAAAAUCAACAAUGAUGAAUUUAUUACAGAAUUCUUUUUGGUUGAGGUAUUCUCCCUAAUAGCGGAAUCAGAGCCUACUGAUUUACAAAUUGGCUUAGACUUGCUUCGGAUCAUUAAGAAUGAAUUUGACCUUGCUCCACCACGUAAAUGUCUUGAUAUUUUUCUCAGUGUUUGUGUGAAUGCGAAAAAUCUACAAAUUUCUCGUUCGAUUUGGAAAGAAUAUGAGACAGCUGGUCUACCUUACAAUGUUUUUAGUUAUUUAAGGAUGUAUCAAGCCCUUUUGGCUUCAGGUGAUCAUCAGUAUGCAAGGAAAAUACUUACUAAAAUUCCAAAAGACGAUCCCCAUGUCUGUAUGGGGAUCAAAGCAUGUAAAUCAACUUACAAUACCCAGCAGCAUGUAAAAGUAAAGGAAAAGGAAAAGAAA